AUGGCUGAGUUGAAAACAUUGACUAAGAAACGUAGUUCAAUUAAAUCAAAGGUCACCAUCUAUAGCAAUUAUUUAAACUUAGUUAAAAGUAGUUCCGCAGUAUCUGAGUUGCAGCGCUUAGACUUAGAAGAGCGUUUCAAUAAGUUCGAGGCCUUACACGCCGACUUUGAUGAUUUGCAGACACAAAUUGAGGUGCUUGCCGACGACGCCGAUUCCGCGUUUAAUGAGCGAGAGGACUUCGACCGCCAGUUCUUCAAUCUGGUGGCACUCACGCGCAGCUUGCUUGGCGUUUCGUCCAACGUUGCAGGAUCGGAAGCGGGCUUCAAAGAUGCUGACUCAGGUGCACACAAUUCAUUUAGAAAUGGUUUUGUUCGUUUGCCUAAAAUAGAUUUGCCUCAUUUCGAUGGGAACUACCAAUCCUGGCUUGAGUUUAGAGAUACGUUUGGGUCACUGAUUCACGAUAACAGAACAAUAAGUGAUAUUAACAAGUUCCACUACCUGCGAGCCUCACUACAAGGAAACGCAGCUUUAAUUAUUAAGAACUUAGAUUUUAAAGCAAGUCAUUAUAAUAUUGCGUGGAACCUGUUGUGUGAGCGGUACAAUAACAACCGCCUUCUUGUGAAUAACCAUUUGCAGGCUUUAUUUGAUGUAGGCUCAAUAAUAAAGGAGUCAAAUUUAAUGACUAGUCGUGAAUGGGAAGAACAUAGGAAUAAUAAUUUAAAAGAUGAUCCUACGUUAACAGAAUUUUGUACCUUUUUAGGCAAGAAAGCGGACUGGUUAGAAUCAGUGGAGUCUAACUGUAAUCUUUCAGCUGUCGUGAAGGUGACUGCCGUGACCGGUAAGCAGUACACUGCACGUCUUUUGCUGGACAACGGCAGCACGGCAAACUUUAUAACGGAGAAGUUAUCGGAGAAACUGGGUUUGUUACGACGCGGUACGAGUACCAAGGUAACGGGUAUUAAUAAUCUUGUAUCCACCAGUACACAGUCUUGCCACCUAUCAAUAGAGUCUUUAUGCUGUGCCUUCACUGUAGAUAUUGAUUGUCAUAUUAUACCUGAAAUUACAAAGGUACUCCCGUCUUCAUUCGUACACAUCAAGCAUGUCCCUAUUCCUUCAGGUCUUAAACUGGCAGACCCGAACUUUUAUGUUCCGUCGGUCGUCGACAUCCUGGUAGGGGCUGAAGUUUUCUGGAAUGUCUUAGGCAGCAACAGAAUAGACUUAGGGAAAAACUUACCUAAAUUAUGCGAGACUAAACUCGGAUGGCUUGUAUCUGGUAGUAUUUCGCAUCAAUCUAGUUCUAUUUCCCAUGCAUCUAAUAAUCUUUGCCAUCAUUCCCAUGUCACUCCCGACUUAACUCAAUUUUGGGAGCUUGACACCAUCUCAAGCAAACAUUCGCACUCUCUUGAAGAGAGAAUGUGUGAGCAACUUUUCGCGCAAACCACCGUCCGUAAUGACGAUGGUGCGUUUGUUGUUAAAAUGCCUUUAAAGGGCGAUCCAAGCUCUCUAGGACAAUCCUACGUAAAUGCUAGGAAUCGUUUUUUAUCUCUAGAGAAGCUGUUUAAGCGUGAUCCAUCCUUUCAAACCAAAUAUUAUAACUUUAUGCUAGAGUACGAGCGCUUAGGUCACAUGACAUUAGACGCCGACCGUACUUCCUCUGUCGAAUCACAAUCCGUGACAAAUUAUUUCAUUCCACAUCAUGGCGUCAUUCGGAAUUCCAGUACCACUACUCAACUACGCGUAGUCUUCGACGCAUCAGCUCCUACUAGUACGGGAGUGUCUCUUAACGACAUUCAGAUGGUCAGUCCGGUAGUGCAAGACGAUCUGUUUUCCAUUUUAACACGUUUUCGUCAGCAUAGAUACGUGGUAACAGGCGACGUAGAGAAAAUGUACAGAGCCAUCUAG